UCAAAUGAGGGAUGAGAAUCAAAUUAAACAACCAAAUGACUGAUGCAGAUAUUUAAGUGUUAUAUUAGUUUUUUCCCCCUAAUUCUUGACAGGUGUGUCCAACAGAGAGCAUGGAAGAGGCUUUCCUUCUCAACCAGACUUCCUUUGUGACCUAUUUUCGGCUUAGAGGUUUAUCUGUAAAUCAGAAGGUGCAGCUGGCUGCCUUCUCCAUGUUCCUCGUUUUCUAUGUCCUGACACUGAUGGGGAACGUCCUCAUCAUCAUAACCAUUGUCUGUGACCGCAGACUCCACACCCCCAUGUACUUUUUCCUCAGCAAUCUGUCCUUUAUCGACGUCUGCCACUCCACUGUCACUGUUCCCAAGAUGCUGGUGGACACGUGGUCAGCGGGGAAGUUCAUCUCCUUUGGUGCCUGCGUGACCCAGAUGUUCUUCCUGCACCUCUUUGCCUGCACGGAGAUCUUCCUCCUCACCGUCAUGGCCUACGACCGGUACGUGGCCAUCUGUAAACCCCUGCAGUACAUGACAGUGAUGGACUGGAAGGUGUGUGUGCUGUUGGCGGUGGCCCUGUGGACGGGGGGCACCAUCCACUCCAUAGCCCUCACCUCCCUCACCAUCAAGCUGCCCUACUGUGGUCCUGAUGAGAUUGACAACUUCUUCUGCGAUGUCCCUCAGGUGAUCAAACUGGCCUGCACAGAUACCCACAUCAUUGAGAUCCUCAUUGUCUCCAACAGCGGGCUGAUCUCCGUGGUCUGUUUUGUGGUUCUAGUGGUGUCCUAUGCAGUCAUCCUGGUGAACCUGAGACAGCAGCUCUCUGAGGGCAGGCAGAAGGCCCUGUCCACCUGUGCUGCCCACCUCACUGUGGUCACACUCUUCCUGGGACAUUGCAUCUUCAUCUACUCCCGCCCAUCCACCAGCCUCCCAGAAGACAAGGUGGUGUCUGUGUUUUUCACUGCUGUCACCCCUUUGCUGAACCCCAUCAUCUAUACCCUUAGGAAUGAAGACAUGAAGAAUGCUUUGAACAAGUUAAUGGGGAGGCAGAAGAGACAGGCAGAAAAAUGAAAACGUCUAAGCCCUUGGGAUGCUGGUGCAGAGAAUAAAUCAAACAGCACAUGCAUCAGACUAUAUGACUGACAAAGUUACUCUCCAGCCCAAUAUCUGACAAUUACAUCAAAAGGAAGAUUACUUAAUUCUUGCAACAGUCCUGGUAUAGUUACUACACUUGUCUGUACAAAAACCAACUAGAACCCAGAGAGAGUAAACAGCAUGUGCAACGUCACCAGCUAGGAAGUGGGGGAAGGAGGAUGUGGACUCAAAUGUAUGAACAAAAAUUCAACCAAUUUUCAUCACAUCAUGCUGCCUCUCCGUGCUUUUUUGCCAGGAUUGAUAAUCAAGUCCUAAAGAAGCCGUCAGAUUUCUGGGCAGUCCUGGCCUACAUCACCCACUCAGGUUCUUGGCUAAACAGUUUAGCAAACACUGGUAAAUUAGACAAAGUGAAUACACAGGUGAGUUUGGUGACAAAGAAACCCUGAACCACUGAAGUUAUUGCUACUCUAAGGUGUCCUGGAAAGAUCCGCCCUUAGAGCAAUGACAUAGGGGUGUUUUAUUACUCAUUCAUUUGACAAAAUUUGACUGAGUACUUAUUAUGUGUGAGGUACUAGAGUAAUAGG